AUGAGCAGCAGUCCCAGGAAUGACGAUGCGUUUGUUACCAAGACAACGAAACAUCGUAAGAAACAACCACCCGUGUCUCUUGUAACAAAGAAACCACCCAUUGGAUCAUCUAGUAGCAAUGAGGAAGCUCCUAUUACCACUAGCAAUAGCAGUACAAGCAGCAGCAGUAGCAACAAUAUUUCGUUACGACCACGUACAAUGUUUGCUAUGAAGGGACGAGGACGGACUGACUCGGAAGGAUCAGCUUAUCGUCCACAAUGGUCAAAAGACGGUGAAGGGUUUGUAUCGUCGUCGUCUUCUUCAUUAAGCAACGGGUUGGCGUCCAUUAAAGACGCGGCCGUAGGAACUGGCGACGAUCCACGAGGUGAUCGACGUAAGAAUAAAGUACUUCGUUAUAGUAAAGAAGAGCUCUUGGCAUUGCAUGUGAUAACGAAAGAGGUGCCAACGUUCCCACCGGAGACAACGGUUGCAUCGGAGCAUAGUCUACCACCGGUUAGCACACUACCGUUUGAUUAUGACGAGAUUUACAAGCAAUGGUCAUUGAAUCGUAAUCGUGGACGUGGUCGUGGACGAGGGAAUGCACCUCCUGGAGGAGUUCAAGGGACACGUGGAUAUCAACGUGGAGAAGAAAGUGAAGGGGCUGCAAAGCAGCAGCAGAGAGAUGAACAUCAUCGACACGCUGAUAGAUGGGAACGUGGUGUGAAAGUCACGGAAGGAUCUCGUGGCGACGAUGUCUGGGAUGAUGUGUUGGAAGCAGGAGUGGAUAGUAAUGAAAUGGACUUGUCAAGUAUGUCAGAAGCAGCAGAAAAAUUCCGACGAGAGAUGGAUGCAAUGCGAGAUGAGCUGCAGGGACCAAAGAUUGACCCGGACGAGAUUAAAGACGAUUUGGAUGCGUUUGACAAGAAACUUGAGGAUGCUGCAGCUGCUGGACAAUUUGACGACAGUGACAAUGAGGACGCGCCGUGGGAUGACCCGUCCUCCCAGGUUCAGCAUAAUGAUAAUGGUGCUAGUGCUAGCAUACCGUUGGAAGAUGACACCGCGAAUUUAUUGAGACGUCAGUCAGGCGAAAGUCACGUGUUUGAAACACUCGCACCUGCUGACGAAAAGCUCGUGCUUGAAGAGAAAAGUAGCUUUUCGCUGUCUCACAUGCCAGCUGAUGAAGGUCUCGCCCGGUUAUCCUCGUUGCGCUUGGAGGUAGAGGACGAAUGGUUUUACCUGGACCCACAGGGAUUACAGCAGGGACCGUUCAAGACUGCUGAGAUGCGUGAGUGGUUUGAGGCAGGUUACUUUAAGCCGCACCUCCCGAUUCGCUUUGGUCGAGAAGGUGUUUUUACAGCUCUGGCGAAUCAGUUCGUUCACGGGCAAAUACCGUUCGCUGCUCCGGCGACACACGUGGGUGAAGGAAUGCAUGUGGAUCCCCGCCAAGGUGAGCAGCAGCGUUUGUUGGAGCUGCAGCACGAGCAGCAGCGUCAGCAACAACAAGAAAUGAUGCAGCUCCAGCAGCAACAGCAACAACGAAUGCUUCAGCUGAACCAAGAAGAGAAAGUUCGCCUGGAGAUGCAACGUCUUGAAGUUGCACGUCAACAGCAGCAAACACAGUUGUUCCAGCAGCAACAAAUGCUGCACCAUCAACAAGAGCAGCAACGGCAGCAACAGCAGCAACAACAGCAGCAGCAGCAAAUUCUCCUGCAACAACAAAGCUCGUGGCAACAUAGCCAGCGUGAAGGUAUUAUGAGUGCGCUGGGCAUGUUUGGCAGAAACCAAGACAACGUCGCACCCAAUGACAAUUUCAUGAUCGAUGGCAUGCAGACUCAAUUCCGUUCCGAGUACCACACACAACACCAAAUGAACAUGCAGAAUACUCAACCCCUCGCCCAAGGCACGAUGUUCUUGAAGGAUGAAGUUCAGAGUCAUGGUCAAGCUUUUUGGCCAAAUACUGCCCCGGAUAUGAUAGGUUUAGAAAACGUCACUAGCUCGCUAGGUGACUUGCAGGCAGCACAGCCUACAAGCUCAAUGGCACCGGAAUUUUCUCAGCAUCCUGCACCGAAGAGUCCAGUAUCUGCUGCCGUGCCUGAUGCAUGGGGCGUUAGACCAAACGUACCGGAGCGUCCGUCAACAAAUCUUCACGAUAUCCAGAAUAACGAAAAGGGCUGUGCUGUACUUGAAGCUCGCAAAAAUGACGACCAGGUUAUGACACAACCCGAAAAGCCCACGAACGUAUCACCUGCCAAGUACUCGAAGAAGGAUACAAAGCCUAUUGAAGACAAUGAGAAGAAGAACCCGAGCCUACUUAGGAAGAAUGGAAAUCAAGUUGAAAAAAGCAAGAGCGAGACUCACGCGUGGGCUACCAAAUCGGCUUCUGCCACAGCGUCGACGAAGUCAAAGUCGCUUAAGGACAUUCAGCAGGAAGAGCAGCGUGAAUUGCUCAACAAAAUGAGCGACAAUAAGGGUAACACUGCGAACCUCGCACAGAUGGGGGCUCAGUUAAAGAUGAUGCUAGGUGUAGAUUCAGUGGCCGUGACAGCGAACACCGCUCCGGUGUCUGCGCCACCAGCUCCGGUUUCUAAGCUGACGCCAAAGCCAACGCCUGCACCCACAUCACAUCCUCAUACGUCUGUAGCAAGUCCGUGGGGUACACCUGCUACUGUCACAAAGAGCAACACUUCAAAGUCGAUGCGUGAUAUCUUGGCUGAAGAAGAGCGUUUGGCGCAAGAACGAGCUCGAGCCAACGAGAAUGCGCCGACUAGCUCGCACUGGAUGAAUAUCGUGGCCGGCAACAAGGUCGCUGCUGCAGCAAUCCCCAAGCCAUCUCGAUCAGUGUUGGGUCCUGUACCUGCAUCUGUACUAAAAAGCCGCCAGCAAAUCCGUGCUACUAAUGGCACACCCAAGCCAUCAUCUCUACAGACCGAGAGAGAUGCGUCGUUUUGGAACUUUGGAGCUGCUCCGUCGGCUGGUAAAGAGUUUGCAUCGAACGGUGCUCAAGUGGACAGUUCAAAUGCAUUUGGAUCCAGCAAGAUUUCGUCAGAGUUUAUGGGGUGGGCUGUGAAGCAGCUGAAGACUAUUGACAGCAACGCCAAUGUGACAUUGCUGGAAUACUGUGCGUCAGUGGAGGAUCCAGGCGAAAUUCGCGAGUAUCUUGCGGCGUAUUUGGGCUCAACUCCUCGUGUGUCGGCGUUUGCCACUGAGUUUAUCCAGCGGAAAAGAACGCAACACAGUGGCAAGAAGUCGCCAGGUCACCAGGACGCCCAGCUGCGUACGUCCGAGUCAGGUUCGUCUACUAAGCGAGGCAGGCGCUAG